AUGUCCAAUAUUACAUUCACUCCUGAAAAUGACACCUUGACUGCAAUGGCAUUCAUUGCGGGGAACUUGCUCAAUAAACUCUGGAGCAUGGAGAAAGAGUCUGGAGAUGAAUCCAUGGAAAUUGAGUCAUUGAAGAACGAAAAACUUCAAGAUUUGCUUGAACUAUUUAAGGAACCCCUUACAAUGAGACAAGAAGCAUUUCUUAAAACUGCCUUAGAAACACUCUCCCGGGCUAUAGACAAAAAUAAGGAUGCUAAAAAUGUGUCACUAUGUGAGAGUAUCAUAGACGCUAAGAAGUUUAUGGAAGAUAGCGAUAAUAUGAAUUGGGAGAAAAGUUACGUACCAACACUAAAGCCAACAGUAGAGAAAACUACAGAAAGAGUCGAAAAGGAAAAAGUUGUUCGUAAAAACAACGACCAAGGUGAUAAACAGAAGAACGCAACAGUAAAAGCUAUUUCUAAAAUUAAUAGUGUGCUUACAUUAAUAAAAAAAUAUGAGGCUGUAAAUAAACACUUGAACGAUUUAAAAAGGACUAAUAAAGAUGUGAAUGAUCCGAAGAUUAAAAGUGGAGAUCUUAGUUCUAAAGAAAUUCAGGCAGAUGUUGAAUUAAACAUGUUUGGUAAAAUUUUAGAAAAAGUAACAAAACUAUUAUUACCUUACAAGGGAAGUAAGAGAAUAAGUAAUAAACUUAAAAAAAUGAAUCUCUUUUCAACAAAAGGAGAUAAGGCUAAGCAAAAGUUUAAAGAUUUGUUCAAUAUCGAUCUAGGUAACACAACUUUAACAGCCAGAGAUAAAUUGAUUUUAGAUUACUUAUUAAAAAUGAACACACCUAGAGCUGUAAUGGAAGAUACUGGUUCCGAUGAAGUACCUCCUAAAUAUAUAGAAGGAGACAUUUUGCUAAAUUUAUCAGAAUUUUUCAAAAUAAAGUCAUUUGUAGAUUUAAUAAAGAUGUUAGAUUUAGAAAAAGGUGAUAACAAAGCAUUACGAACUGUACUCAUCGAGUCCACAACUGAACUUAUAGCUUCGACAACGCAAACUGUGGCAGAAGUACAAAAUUCUGAUGUAGAAAGGUUGACAGAUGAACAAUCUGAUCUUGAGAAAUAUGAACCUAGCACUACGAAAGCACCUCAAAAUUUCACAAGCACUAAAGAUAAACUUAAAACUCACCUCAGAACUAUUUUGGAUGACUUGAUUGAGCUACAGAAAGAGGCAGGUGUACAUAAAGGAGGUGAACUACGCAUAGCUGAUGCUUUACCAUGCAUAUAUAACAUGUUGAAUGGUGAUAUUGAAAUGAAUAAUUCCAAAGUUCAAGAAAAACCUGUUGACCCGUAUAAGACGAUAUCAAAUACAUUUGCUGAAUUAAAGGCAGAGCUAAAAGCCACUUCAUUACAGUCUCGAAGGGUGGAUAUAGGAGAUUUUAAAGAUUUUCUUAAAAAUAUACCAAAGUCUGCUUACGUAUGGGAGCGAGUGGUUAAAAAUGUAGACGAUCACAACAAAAAGACUGCAAGAAGGAAUACAGAAAUAAGGACUCCGGUAGCAAUUGAACAGUUAAAGAAAAAGAUAGAUGCUAUUACGAUGAACUCGGGUUCCAAUGCAUAUAAAACAUUUUCAAAGAUCUCAGAAGUUCCAGCAGCAGAAUAUUUAAUGUUGUUACGAAGUUUAUACGCUAACAUUCACAGACAUUAUGAUGUGCUUAAAGAUAUAAAAACCUCGUUAGAAACGAUAGAAAAAUUACCAGCUGACAAAAGGGCAGAAAUCAUGGACUUUAUAACUAAUACCGGUAUUAGUGUGAAUUUAGACAAGAAAGUGCUAGAAAGUUUUGAAAACAUGAAAAAAGUCAAGAAAGCAAAGCCUAUUAUUUAUUCUGAGAAAGUAUCAGCAAAAAUAAUAGCUAAGCCGAAAGAAUUACCAGAAAUAAAUAUUAAACAGAAAGUGCAAGGUAAUAAUGGCUAUGACAAAAACAUGAAACUGACAAGAGACGAAGUUUUAAAUCAGUUGAUCAAAAACAGAGUUACGCUUUAUAUUAAAAUGAGACAGAACAAAGAUGGGGAUUAUAAAAAUGAUCGAAAUUACAAAAUAGCACAAAAUAUAAUGAUGAACUUGGAUGUUGGAGACUAUCGACUUGCCAGACAGUUAUAUAAGAUUUUUGUGACAAACAAAAUCGACAACUCAAUAAACACAGUUAAAGAUAAAAGUGGAAAAAUAGAGAAAAUUCCAGCACCAGCUACAGUGGUACCAGAACAGAUCAAAGAAGUCUCCCAAUUAAGACGGCAGUCCAUUCUUGAUAAACAACCCUUGAUUCAAUUUGAUGAUUCCGGAUCUUUCACCAACCAUAUCCUGACAGCGAGGAGAGAUCAGAUGGUCCGAAAUCUUCUCAAUUCCAAGAAUUUUAGACUCAUAUAGAUAUUACUGGAAUCACUUUUUUACAGUAGGCAUUGCGAAAGAGUAAAAUAGGUCAUCGGAAUUAUGUGAACAAUGCUUUUUGUAGGAGACAGCAGAUAUCUUCUGAGCCUCUAG